AUACUGCUCAUUAUAUACACCCUUUUUGUGCUCUUUUGUGGGUAGCCCAUUUUGCAUCGUAGCCAGGAGCACAGGGGAUCUUUUCUCCCCCGAGGAAGAAAAGUGCGCAGCGGUGAAGGACUCCCGGACGGAGGGGGAUCUCCCAACCUUCGCUCAGGCGUAGCAGCUGCAUAGUUGCCACGGAGGGGAUUGACAUCUUCCUCUCUCAGCAUUUCACUACGUGCCAUCUGCACAUUGCUGUGAAGAGGGGGAAACUCCAAGGCAGGCCUCCCACAUCGAAAAAAGGAUGACCAGACGGAGAGUCGCACUUGAGGAGCCCUUCCCCCGCGAGAUGGACGCGUAGCUCGUUCGUAGCAGCUGGGCGAACGCAAGUGGGUACACGGGGUGCCACCUGCAUGGUACUCACCACGUUUGUUGCCACACACACGUGGUAUAUACCGAAUGCCGCUUCCCCUUUUAGCGCUUCCACCGCCUAAGACGCAGGAUGAGGGGGACGCCGCUGGCCCACAUUGCCAAGAAGAACGCGCCCAGCCAGGCACUCGUCCAAAGUGUAACCACUGGCAGUCGCUGCAGCUACCGCGGCUACCACCGCUGCAGGAGCUACUCGCUGUUUAGGAAUCAGCUGUGGACCCCAAGUGAGGAUGUAACGUACCGGAAGAGCCUCGACGUCAUUUGCCAAAGCCAUGUGUUCUUCUACACCGUUUUGAAUGUGGACCGCUACAGCCACUUCCUCCCCUACGUUACGAAAAGCAAAAUAACGCACAAGGCGGAGCAGCACUUCAGGGCCGUCCUACAGAUAGAGAAUCUCCUUUUCAGGGAAUCAUACGAUUCUCUCAUUCGGUUUAAGGUGCCCACCACUGUAAAGGUCUCCAGCGCAGACACGAAUUUGUUUAGCCACUUGACCACCGAAUGGGUUAUCGAGGAAAAACCGGGCUGCAUCCACGUGGACUUUUACAUCAGCUUUCGGCUAAAGAACAGGGUUUACCAAAAUUUCAUGCGCAUGUACAUACGGGAGAUGGGGAAGAAGAUACUCCACGCCUUCAUUCGGGAGGCGCGCGCGAACAGCGCGAGAGACGUCGACUCGCUCUUCCGCCAUUUGCUUGAGCGGUGA